AUACCCAGCCGGGGGCAGCUGGGACUCCCUGGCUUCCUGCCUGCGGCGCCUGGGCGGAGGAGAGACACUUUUCUCCUCCUUUUCCUCUUUGUUGCCGUCGUGGAGAGGGAAGAGAGCAGCUUUGCUGGGUCAAGGCCAGGGGGAGGGGGCCAGCGCUGGCCCUGGGGCUCAGCCCCCGCUGCGCUGCUGUGGGAAGGGCCGGGGGCAGCCCGGGCGGGGCGGUGGUCCCGGCAGAGGGGUGGUCCGGCACGGCCGGGGAUGCUGCAGCCGCGGGCAGCCGUGCCCCGGGGAGCCGGCCGGGGCGGAGCGGAGCCGGGAUGCUGCCAAGGGCAGGGCCAGCGCGCAGCCCCGCGUUCUCCGAGCUGCCGCCACACCAUGCACCCCCCAGAGGCAACAACCCCACCCCAGGCACGCUCACAGCUCACCAGCUGACAGCCUUAAAUCCCCCCGCCCGUUCCCCCAUAACUGGGCACGAUGGGGCAGUGCCCACCCCAAAGAAGACCCAGCCCCUGGCCCUGUAUCCACACCCAUCCUGAGCUGUCCCGGGGAUGGUGUGAUAGCACACGGACCAUGGGGAUGCUGUGGCAGGUGCAGGCAGCACCAGGGAGCUGAGGGGAGUAGCCCAAAAGGUAAAGGGAAAAGAAGUGGGGGAAAUGUCCCCUGCUGACACCCCAUGCUCCCUGCUGAGCACUCCCGACCCUCUUCACUGUGAUCCCCAGAGCUGUGAUCCUUCUCUUCCCCCUUCCAGCCGCUCUAGGACAAGAUGAAGCAGCUUUUCCUCCUCUUCCUCCUCGGGCUCAUCACCAGGUCCUUGCAGAUCGAAGAUAACAAGAUCCCUGGGCUGUGCUCGGGGCAGCCGGGCAUCCCGGGGACCCCGGGCCUGCACGGGGGCCAGGGUUUGCCAGGCAGAGACGGACGAGAUGGCCGGGAUGGAGCCAGGGGGAUGCCAGGGGAGAAGGGGGAGAUGGGCCCUCCUGGAGUGCCCGGUCCCCGCGGCGAGGUGGGCAGCCCCGGUGUGGAUGGGCUGCACGGUGAGAAGGGAGCUCAGGGCGAGUGCGCCGUGGCUCCUCGCUCUGCCUUCAGCGCCAAGCGCUCCGAGUCCCGCAGUCCUCCCCUGGCCGACCAGCCCAUCCUCUUCGACGUGGUGCUCAUCAACGAGCAGGGCCACUACGAUCCUGCCACGGGCAAGUUCACCUGCGAGGUGCCCGGCCUGUACUACUUCGCCGUGCACGCCACCGUGUACCGCACCAGCCUGCAGUUCGACAUCAUGAAGAACGGCCACUCCAUCGCCUCCUUCUUCCAGUACUACGGCAACUGGCCCAAGCCCACCUCGCUCUCGGGGGGCUCCCUGGUCCGCCUGGAGCCCGAGGAUGAGGUGUGGGUGCAGGUGGGCGUGGGGGACUACAUCGGCUUCUACGCCAGCGUCAAGACGGACAGCACCUUCACCGGCUUCCUCGUCUACUCCUACUGGCAAAACUCCGCCGUGUUCGCCUGAGCCCGCCCUGGGCUGCGGCUGGGGCCGGGCGGGUGCCCCAUCCCAGCCAGCAGGGUGGUGGGAGCCGGGGCAGCGGGACCCCUGCCCGGCCCAGGGCAGAGAAACGUGCCCGGUGCCGUGGAGGAGCAGCGCAAACCGGGCCGGGGGGCAGCAGUCCGUGCCGCGGGUCCUGUCCUGUCCCAUCCCUCCCCUCAAUAAAGGGCUGCUCAGC